AUGGAUCCGCUUAGUGCUCUGUCUAUCGCAUCAGCCGUAAUCCAAAUUGUCGACUUUUCCUCAAAGGUGAUCGCUCGAACGAGAGAGGUUUAUCAGUCAGCCGACGGCAGUAUCGAGGAGAUCACGCUUAUCGAAGAUGCGACUGCCAAUUUAGACGAUCUCAUGAAGGACUUGAUGUCGAAGACCGAAAUUGAGGCCUUUACGAGGGGAGCGUUUGACCGAAAGACUCCAGAUCAACAGCUCAUACAGCUUGCGGAAGACAGCAACACUCUGGCCAACGAGCUGAACCAGACGCUCAAGGCCUGCAGGGUCAAGAAAGAUGGGAGCCAGAGGGGCGCUUUGAGUCAAGGCCUACGCAGUGUGCUCGAGCAAAAAAGUCUGACUACACUCAAGCAGAAGCUCGAUGAACUUCGGAAGCAGAUCGACACGACACUGCUAAUUACAAUUCGGUAG